AUGGUGUGGGCGUCCGACCGAGAGGAUGAACACAUUUCGAUGGACGAGGAUGAUGAAGAAGAAUCAUGGGUCGACAGCGGCGGCGGAAGUGGUGGCGGGGACUUGAGUAAGGAGGAAAUAAAUGCUAUGGAGAACAAGGUCUUCUGGGAAACUUGCAUGGCCAUAGGGACGAGUGCUGAAAAGGACACCAUUCCCAACCGGUCUCUAGAAGGACUUGAUGUCAUCGACGAGAUAAAAGCAGAGCUCGAAGCGGAAUGUCCCCUCACCGUCUCCUGCGCCAAUAUCCUUGUGGUUGCCGCUCGAGAUGGCGUUUCCUUUCAGGCAAUGUAGGGACUGACUAGGAGGAGAGAUGGGAGAGUUUCAUUAGCUUCGGAAGCCUUGGACAACCUUCCAUCACCUGCUUCUGAUUUCAACACCCUUCAGCAACAGUUUGCUGAUAAUGGCCAGGGAGUCCCUGAUCUUGUUGCCCUUUCAGUUGCACACACCAUUGGAGUGGCGCAUUGCGUGGUGUUUGCCAAGAGGCUCUUCAACUUCACCGGCAACAAUGACACCUCGCUUGAUCGGCUAACCGCCACGCUAAAGGCUCAGUGCUCAAGCCCUCCCAACACUGUCGGGUUGGAUCCCAACAGUUCCUCCUCAUUUGAUAGCCACUACUUCGUCGUUCUCUUCCGAAACCAAGGCCUGCUCACGUCCGACGUGACGCUGCUCAUGGACAAGCGCGCGGCCAAUUUUGCUUGGAUUUACCGAAAGUUCAAUGUCUUCUUGGCUUAGUUUGGUCACUCCAUGAAGAAGAUGGGCGCUAUUGAAAACCAAGGCCUAUUCAAGUCCGACGCGACGCUGCUCACGGACAAGCGCGCGGCCAAUUUUGCUUGAUUUACCAGAUAUUCAAUGAAGAAGAUGGACACCAUUGCAGUUUUAACUGAUGAUGAAGGAGAAAUAAGAAAGAAUUGCAGGUUCAAUAGCCUACAUCUUCAUCAUCCUCCCAAAAGAAGAAUGAAUGCUGGGAAAGGUCAUUUGGUUUUGUCACUGACUCUUCUCUUGGUCCUAGCGUGUAAUGCAGAUGAUGAUGGUGGAUUGAGGAAGAACUUCUACAAGAAGAGUUGCCCUCAAGCUGAGAAGCUUGUGAGGGACAUCACUUGGAGCAAGGCCCAAGCUGACCCUACUCUGGGUGCUAAGCUUCUCAGAGUGCACUAUCACGACUGCUUUGUCCGGGGAUGUGAUGGAUCCGUACUGCUGGAUCCUGUGGGAACAAACCAGUCUGAGAAGAACGCACUACCAAAUCUCACUUUGGCUGGUUUUGAUGUUAUCGAUGACAUCAAGAAACAAGUUGAGCAAGCUUGCCCCAACACUGUCUCUUGUACCGACGUUCUUUCGCUUGCCGCUCGUGAUGCGGUCUCUUUCCCUUUUAAGAAGCCGAUGUGGGAUGUGUUGAUGGGAAGAAGAGACGGCAACAUUUCGUUAGCAUCCAACAUCCCUGGGAACCUUCCAUCUCCUUUCGCGGACUUUAGUACUCUUGCACAAAUUUUCUCCAAGAAAGGCCUCAAUGUGAACGAUCUCGUUGUUCUCUCUGGUGCACAUACCAUUGGAGUUGCUCAUUGCGGCACAUUUUCCAGGAGGCUCUACAACUUCACGGGGAAAGGAGACGCUGACCCUUCUCUGAACGCCACCUACGCUGCAUCCCUCCGGACACAGUGCCCUAACCCGGCCAACCUGGCUACAACGGUGGAAAUGGAUCCGCAAAGCUCACUUUCCUUCGAUAGCCAUUACUUCGAUAUUCUCAUAGAAAAUGAGGGAUUGUUCCAAUCCGAUGCCGCUCUCUUGACAAACCAAGGUGCAGCCAAGGUAGUGCAGCACCUCCGGUCGCCAGACGCAUUCUUCUCCGAGUUUGGCAAGUCAAUGAAGAAAAUGGGGGCCAUCGAGGUGCUCACGGGAACUGCCGGUGAGAUUAGAAAACAAUGUCGUGCGGUGAAUCAAUCGUAAGGGAAGCGAUCAGUUGGUGUGUCGUGGGUCAUACUUUCGAUCUUUGCUCUUUAACAUAAGUAUUUGUGGUUUAGUCAUUUGACAAUGUGGCGAUGUGUUCUUUGCAAGUCUUAACCAAAUAAAUUGUAACGGUUGUUCGUUUGAUUUUCCAAUACAAAUAGUGUACCUCUCUUUUCUC